AUGGAAUGCCUGUGGCUGUACUCUCUGUGCCAGUGUAUCCUUUCUGUAGCUGUAAUUGUGGUGAGUGUGAGGUUAUGUAUGGCGGUGAGUGGCAGUGGAACAGAGGCAGACGUUCAGGAGGGAACCCAGGGUUCUUGGCCCCAACCUGGGAGUGUGUCAUGCUGUCUUCAGCUGUGCCUGGGCUGGGUGGGAGCCAUUGGGGGUGCGGUGGGGGUUCCUGUGGCUGUGUUUCUCACCCUGCGAACCCCACAGUGUCUGUACACCUGUAUAACUCUGGUGUGUAGCCCAUUGCUGGUGAGGCAGUUUACCAUGUUCCUGUUAAUGCUGCUGACACUGGACGCUCACCUGCAGCAUCACUUGGCUAAAAGGUACUCCACAGUGGUGACCCGUCAACGAGCUCUAUGUGUGGUCCUGCUCUGCUGGGUGGCCUCUGUUCUGUCCUCCUUCGCCCAGUUCAUUGGCUCAGAUGUCCUCGACACCUGGAGAGAUGAUGCAACUGGCCAACAUACAGCUGGCCUUGGAAUGUAUGGCAAUCGGACAACCGCUUUACCCACUUCCCCACCCCCAAAGUACCAUCACGACCGUAAGGUCAUUGGAAGGUUUCUUCCUUAUGGAGGCUUCCUGUCAAAGUUUUAUGUGGAGGACAUGCAUAACUUCACCUAUGCUGAAAUUCACAGCAGUCACUGGGUAGUGUGUGCCCCUGACAUCAUUCUCAGCCCCCACUUCUUAUUCUAUGUCUAUGGGAUGACAGUGUUCUUGCUCCCCCUGCUUUGCCUACUGGCCAUUUACCUUGACCUACUACGCAUGAAGCCCAGAAAGACUCCUUUUAGUCAUGCAGACCCUCCUAAACAUGACUCCUCCAGGGUACGCUCCCUGGCUCUGUCCCUCUCUCUUUUAGUUCUGUUGUGCCUGCCAAUCCAAAUCAUCCAUGCUCUCUUGCUCUUCUCCCCCAAAACCAAACUUCCUUUUUGGGCUCAUGCAAUGGCCAUGUUCCUUUUCCAGCUGUACAGUAUUGUGCCUCAGCUUCUUUUCACUCCUCCUAAGAAACAAUUGAGUGAAGAACAGGCAUCGUUUCCUCUCUCUGUCCCCCGCCUUCCACCUGCAGCAGCUCCAUGGUUUCCAGCCAAACACUCCCUUAAAGCCAAAGUGUGCCCAGAGGUUUGA